UCCACUCGCUCACUUUCUCUCCUCCCGUUUCCAAAGGUUUCCAAAAGGGUGUGUUUUAGAGCUUCUAUUUAAUCAGCACCGCUGCAGCAUGGACAGGAACCGGCAACUCAUCGCCGCAGUGCUGCCGCUCAACCUCCCGAAGAGCAGUGCGGGGAAGGCGGCUUAACGCGCAAGAGAAAUGGCCAGCUUUUUAAUAAAAUCUCGACGUUUUGGUUCCAUUAUAUUUUAGAACCAGUCCUCUGUUUUUCCUUCUGAGUUCGCGGGACGACCUGGGCGCUAAAUUCAAACCGAACAUUCGCUUCACGACCCCGCGUCAGACAGUAGAAAAAGUAGGGGCUGUUCGAACGUUCGUGGAUUUUUAAAUUCUUCGUCCGUUUUUUCCGUUGCUCCAGCUCCAGCUCCAGCAGUUAGUCGGUCCGGAUAGUCUGACUGGAUAGAUAUGAACGGCAGGCCGGCCGCUUCCUCACCCUGCGCCGGCUCCAGGCUGCACCUCCUCGGCGACGAGCAGUGACACACCCGCGGCUCAGAGCUGGAAUAACCUUAACUUAUUCACAAACUUAUAUUUAUGCACUUUGUUAGUUCGUUCACUAUACACAUUAUCCAUCAUAGAUUGCCGAAGUCCGGUCUGACUCGAAGUUACAUCACCGUGAGGGGAAAGUUCUUGGACAUAUAAGAUGUUUAAGUAACGUUAAGUGAGCCACAACACUAAAGCUGUCGCUAGGCUAGGCUAAACUGCCCGCCUUCCUCAUUACCCACAGCUAGCGCUGCCUUACGUAGUUACCUGACAGGGGCGUGUACCUUUAUAAAUUAGCCUGGAAGCUAAGCUAGGCUAAGCUAAGCUGCCUAAUUUGUGCCGCGUGACGAGGCGAGGAAGUAGACGGCAGCUCCGACCGUCCGAGGCAGGAGGCAGACACUACCCGGAGGAGGAGGAGGGGGGAUUUUAAACCGCGUUCCAGCAUGCCGUGUCCCCGCCGCACAACCCGCGGCUCUGAGGCUGCGGGGCUGGGGCUGCAGCUGCAGCAGCGCCGGUCCGGGACGGUCUCCGUCUCCGUGUCCGUAUCCGUGUUGGUGGUGUCUGUGGCGGUUUUGGGCUGCUGUUUGCUGCCUCUUGGAGCGGCCAGUUCCCCCAGCCACAAUCGAGAUACGUCAGAGAAUCAUCAGAAGUCAGGACACGGAGGGACGCAGCCGACCAACCACACCAAGAAGCCUUUCCCUGUCCUGUCAUUCGACUAUAAACAUGUUAAGCAGCCCUUCGAGAUAUUCUUGUGGGUGCUGCUGGCCUCCCUGAUGAAAUUAGGGUUCCACAUGAUGCCGCGGUUGUCAUCCAUUGUCCCGGAGAGCUGUCUGCUGAUCGUGGUGGGCCUGUUGGUGGGGGGGAUCAUCAGUCUGGUGGGCGAGAAGCCCCCUGUUCUGGACUCUCAUGUAUUCUUCCUCUACCUUCUACCCCCCAUCAUCUUGGAUGCAGGCUAUUUCUUGCCCAUAAGGCCCUUCACUGAGAACAUAGGCACCAUCCUCAUAUUUGCAGUGGUCGGCACUCUGUGGAAUGCCUUCUUCAUCGGGGGUGUGUUGUACGGGGUGUGCCAGAUAGAGGGAACAAAUUUGCACACCGUAACGCUGCUCCCCUGCCUGCUCUUUGGAUCCAUCAUUUCAGCUGUGGACCCUGUGGCAGUUCUGGCUGUUUUUGAAGAAAUUCACAUCAAUGAACUGCUUCACAUCCUUGUCUUUGGGGAAUCCCUGCUUAAUGAUGCCGUCACAGUGGUACUGUAUCACCUGUUUGAGGAGUAUGCAGGUGUGGGAACAGUGACCGUUAUAGACGUGUUCCUGGGCAUCGUGAGUUUCCUGGUGGUCUCGCUUGGCGGUGUGAUGGUGGGAGCCAUAUAUGGAGUCUUGGCAGCAUUCACAUCUCGCUUCACUGCACAUGCACGCGUUAUUGAGCCGCUCUUCGUCUUCGUCUACAGCUACAUGGCUUAUCUCUCUGCCGAAGUGUUCCACCUGUCUGGCAUCAUGGCUUUGAUCGCGUGUGGUGCCAUCAUGCGGCCCUAUGUGGAGGCUAACAUAUCCCACAAGUCCCACACCACCAUCAAGUACUUCCUGAAGAUGUCGAGCAGCGUUAGCGAGACACUUAUCUUCAUAUUCCUGGGUGUGUCCACAGUUGCUGGGUCACACAGGUGGAACUGGACUUUCGUUGUUGUAACGAUCAUCCUGUGUAUGGUGGCUCGAGUUCUAGGGGUCAUCGGUUUGACACAUGUGAUCAACAAGUUUCGCAUAGUGAAGCUGACCACCAAGGACCAGUUCAUCAUCGCCUAUGGUGGCCUGCGAGGUGCAAUCGCCUUCUCCCUGGGAUUCCUGCUGGACAGCAACCGUUUCCCCAUGAGGGACAUGUUCCUCACAGCUAUCAUCACAGUCAUCUUCUUCACUGUCUUUGUGCAGGGGAUGACUAUUCGACCACUGGUUGACCUGCUGGCUGUAAAGAAGAAACAGGAGACCAAGCGCUCCAUCAACGAAGAGAUCCACACCCAGUUUUUGGACCACCUGCUGACGGGCAUAGAGGACAUCUGUGGACACUACGGGCACCAUCACUGGAAAGACAAGCUGAAUCGUUUCAAUAAGAAGUAUGUGAAGAAGUGCCUCAUAGUCGGCGAGCGCUCCAAGGAGCCCCAGCUGAUCGCCUUCUACCACAAGAUGGAGAUGAAGCAGGCCAUCGAACUGGUGGAGAGCGGAGGGGGCGUCAAGCUUCCGUCGGCCAUGCCGUCCACCGUCUCUAUGCAAAAUAUCCAGCCCAAGAAGACACCUUCGGAGAGAGCUCUUCCUCAGAUAUCAAAGAGCCGGGAGGAGGAGAUCCGGAAGAUUCUACGUACUAACCUGCAGAAAACACGCCAGAGACUGCAGUCUUACAACAGACACACGCUGAUGGCUGACCCAUACGAGGAUGGCUGGAACGAGAUUCUGAUUAAGAAGAAGAAGAUGAUUGAGUUUGAAAAAAGGAUAUCACAAAUGAAUAAUUACCUCACAGUGCCUGCGCCGCCCCCUGAUUCCCCCACCAUUGCCAGAGCUCGACUGGCCUCUGACCCUCAAGCCUGGAGUAUCAAGCCAGCGGCAGACGCAGGCACCAUCCCGUCCAUUAAAGUGGACUUGGCCUCCCCUCAGACGCCCGACUCCGUCAGCAUGGUGGACGAAUUCGGCAAGCCGGCCAGCCGGGUCCCGCGGGAGCCCGAAGACGAAGAGGAGGGGCUGAUGAUGAGGCCUCCACUCGGAGAGAAGGGGGAGAAAGAAGAGCAGGAGGAAGGAAAAGAGCAGCAACGACUUCUCCGUUGCCUGAGUGACCCUGGACCUGCUGUUGCUGAGGAAGAGGAGGAUGAGCCCUUCCUCCCCUGAGAGCAAAGCAGGAAGAGAGAGAGAGAGAGAGAGGGAGAGAGAGGGACACUCACUGGCUGUUUAGCUGCCUUCACUGUUAAUCUCUCUCUGAAAGACAACAGACUAUUGUACUGACUUUAGGACAGAUCAUUUGUGGAGGCUUUGCCCUGUUUUCAUUUGGGACAGACAGAUUGCUGAACUUUGCAGUAAGCCAAAAUGAAAAAUCAAAGGGAAAAUUGUCAUUGAACCAAAACGUGGAAGAGAGAUCGGAAAUAGCCAUUUAUUUUCUAGCUUUUUCAUUCUUCGUUAUUUUUUUAAAACUCAAAGGAAAGCUUGGAGGAAUGUGUGGAGUAGGGAAACAGAACUAUGCAUUACCAAAGGUUCGCACUGUUGUCUCCAUUUAGAAUUCUACUUGCAUCUCUCUUUUUUUGCCUUUAAGACUUCAUGCGUCACUUGAAUUGCUUUGUGUGGCGUGAAAUCAUCACCUAGUGAAUUGUAUCACUAAACUAGAGACGUCUUGUUUUGAGGAGCAAUAUCAAACCAGGCAUGUGAUGCCGUUUAUCAUCUGUAUCAGUCAGCUGGUGCAGUCGAAUCUGAUCUGGGCUGAUUCUGAUUCUAGAGAGUUUGUUGACUGGAUAUGUGCAUCUCUCGUUCGUCACUAAAGCCCGCUAAACAACAUUAACACGUUCUGAAAAAGCUGAGUGGUUCUGACGUUCGGUGCAUCAAGAGGGAAUUUGUGGUAAAGAUAGUGGAAUACUGCCUCAGAUCACUUGGUGCAUGGAAAUAAAUGGAGAAAGGGAAUUAUCUGUAUACAUACACAUGUUUUUACAGGACGUGUACAGGUCUCAGUAGGAAGUCCACUGUUACCAGUUCCCAAGCCGUGAUUCAGUGAUACUGUUUUGGCCUUUCAACUUUGAAAGUAGCUGUCAUUUCCAUGCUUCUGCCUCUCAUGUGUUCAUUUGUAGUUAUUGUUGUGACGUUGGCCAAGCUUAUAAAAAUGACAUUGAACUUAAUGAGAAAUUUUAGCACACUUUGAGCCUGCCUGGAUCUUACGUUAACGUGGUUAGUGUCUGGAUUGUAUAUGGAUGGAUUUGGCUGGAUUAGUUUACACUUUUCCCUAAAAUCCGUCCCCAGCAUGGCCAGAUAAGGUCUGAUUUUAUUUUUCCUGCAUGAAAAGCACAACACUGUGCGUUAUUUUCGCCUUACUAUUGUUGACGUUUUUUCAACAAGCUUGGCUUGGAUUCUUUCAUCAAGAGACACUUCAUUCAGCCUUGCAUGUCCUCCACCCUUUGUUUCCAUGUUUAUCUUCUCACCUGCACUGGGCUGACACAUUCCCACAAAAUUGUGUACAGUAACAAACACAUGACCGAACCAUGGAUCUCAACCUCAUUUAAAAUAAGUAUAAAUGGAAUAACACGAUAACAGUGCGUCCUGGAGGUCUUCACACCCAGCUUUUCAUGUGGUCAAACAAAAUCUGAACGUCCAAACAGCGAAAACACAUGUUGGUGCCAGGUGUGGACAGGAGAUUUUUUUUUCCCCAGUUUCUUCACAAUUUAGUCGUUUCCAAUUACACCCACUAGUUGGGCCUCCCCCAAUUAUAUGAUACCAGGGUCAAGGCAAACACACAGGCUUCCUCAAAGACCUGUGAAGCACCACCUCAUCUUUUCAAACUGCCACUAAUGCAAAGUCGUUGGACAGCCUAACACACGCUGACGAGAACGCCAACCACCAGAUCUGUUUCGUCAGCUAACAGACCCGUGCGCCAGCUAGCAUCACACUGAGUGAUGGGGGACACAGCGGGGGUAUCCUACCCACCCAGACCAGAAGAACAGUUGUCUUGGACUCCCGGCCACAGAUGGCUGUAGUAUCACUAGGGAUCGAACAGGCCCUUUCUUGUACAGUGCAAUUGCCACCAUGCCAGUAUUUGCUAAAAUACACCACAAAUGAAGCCACAUCCAUACACAUGCAGAAUACAUAUCGUUUAAAAUUAACUUUAGGAAUAUGGCAAAUUUCUCAUUAUGUUCAAAGGGACAUUCUUGAUGGGUUGUCCAACCUCACAGUGCUCUCACAGUUGCUAUGAAUAAACACAUUUGCAGGCUGAGCAUGGAUAGGCCAGUUCUAGGUCGUAUAACCAAUGUGAUCUACCUAUGUUUUGUUUUAACUUGUGCUCUUACUUUAUGAAAUUGAACAUCUCUCCUUUUUUUGCUUAUAUCAAUUGUCCACUUGGUGGCAUCUGUUGUGUUGCCAUCUUUCAGGCUAAUCUGUCCCAGUCUAUUCAGAGUGUUCCAGUUUCUGUGUCACGAAGGUCUUUGUGCUAACAGUUCAAGUCUAUAGUGGGCGUGCUGGGUUAGAGAAUAUUGAGUUUACCUGCUUUACACGUGUCCGGAUGCUCUGUGAGGAUGUAAUCCCAGAUGAACUAUGCAGCGUGGUAUUUGAGGAGGUGCGAGUAAAUUUUAAUCAUGUACAGUUCAUUUAUACCCUUUAAAGCAUCGGCACUGCUGUGCGCUUUGUCAUGGCGUCUCCUCCCGGAGCGAGACGAUGGGGCAUUAAUUACUCGUUCCGUUCUGUGGUUGUGUUUUUAAAGCAAACGUUUUAAAGAUAUCAAAAGCUGGUCUGCAUGCGUAGUAGACUAGGCUUAUUUUAAUGUAUGAGAACAUGGAAAGCUUAUGUAAGAUGUCUAGAAUCUGUUUGCCUGCUACAGAGUAUUACUCCUGUAAUUCAUAUCGCAGCUUCAGUCUUGGUCUUUUGUUUUGUGGCCCCCUUUUACUGAUACUGGAUCUCCCCCUAGGGCAGGGGUGUACGAUCUUGUCCGUGUGGCUGCAGGUUUUCUCUCAAACAAAGCAGGAGGUCACCAGAAUAAAUGUUUGAAGGCUAAGACCAACUGAUUAAACAAGCAGAAUCGGCUGUGCUUCGGCUUGUUUGGAUUGUAAAAACCUGCAGCCACGCCGGCCCUUUGGGGGUGUGAUUGGAUACCUAUGCUCUAGGGCGUGUGCUGUUACACUCUGUCCUAAGAGCGGGCUAGUUUUGGACUUCGGUAAGGCGUUGGGUUACAGUUCCCAACCUGAAAGAUUUAACUUUCCUUUAAAUCAGUGAGCUGAUCCAGGUCAGUACUUGCUGAUCCUGGUCAUUCCUGGUAAAAGGAGCUGAGUGGAAAUCUAGCAAAGUACUUAAGUAAAGAUCAGAUUUCCACAGUUUUCUUCAAAUGUGGUCAAUCAAUCAAGAUAUUUUUUAAUGCCUGAAGUUUAAUUCUAAAUGAAGUUUUGCACUGGAGCUACAAGGCAAAAGGAGCUAACAAGUAAUGGAAGCUUAUGGGCACUUAUCUGCGGACCACUGGCGUUUUGCUUAAGGUUUAUCUACUCACAGUCCAAUUGGUGGAUUUAAAUUAUAAAUACCAAAUUUUAUUUAUAAAGUAAACAAUUUUAAUCCAGCACAGUGUAGGCAACAUUUUCUCAAUUUAUUUUUUAAAUCAGGCCUGGUCAUUUUUCUUUCUCAAGUGUUUGUAAUAUUUGUCUUAGUUUAUUUUCAGAAAUACAACAAGUGCAUUUAAAACCUGUUUGAGGAGAAUAAAAAGUAGUUAGAGCUUCUAUGUAGAACAGUAAUCUGAGUGGUCCAAGGGAGGACCAGCAGCGGCAAACAGUCAACGGGGUGUCGACCUCAUCAAGCCAGUGGACUGGCUUGCUAUUUGGCUUGUUUGCUUGUUAGCCACAUUAGCCUUGUAGCUCCAGUGCAACUACAGAAGCUAACGUCUUGGCUAACCGGCUACAUUGAGGAUAAGCGGGAAAAUUGUGGGUUUUGAUUUU